AUGGAGAUUCCAACAAACAAUCAAUUAAGUCAGGAUUUGGAUGAUGCAAAACAAUUAAACCAUUCAUUUGCAACAUCAACACCAGCACACAAGCAAAUUAACCAUGAAUUAACUGGGGUGCUCGUACAUGACGACCAGGGCGAGAAUCAAAUGUCUCCUGUUAAAGCCGCCAAACGUAAAAAUGUUUUGACUAAACUCUUAGCCAACCCUAAUGGGAGUUCUGAUUGCAAGAAUGAUACAUUCGACUCCACAUUAACAUUAGAGAAACCCCUUUCACCAAUUAGAACAAAACAAGAUAAGCUCCAUUUAUCACCUUUGAAGCACGAGGUACACCAAGAACUGGAAGGGUUUAACGCUGAUGAUGAAUUGGGCGCCUUAGCUGCAACUAAGUUCCAGCACAACCAUGCUCCAUUAAGUUGCGGUGUUGAAGACGAAACAUUCGAUGAAGCUCUCAAAAAUUAUGCGAUCGAGAACAAGCUUUCGCUUAGUAUGAGCUUUCAAGAAUGGGUUGUAAAGGGAUUAGAGAAUGCUGAAACCCAGAGGAGGCUUAUAGAAAGAUUAGUGUUGAAUAGACUCGUUUUGUUGCAAAGGUUUCAAUAUCUCAACGACACUAUCAACGAAUAUGCAACAUCGUUGGGGGCAGCCAGAGGUGACUUCGACAGCAAAGUGAAAAGGAUUCAUGUCCUUACUAACGAGUUUCUCAGCGAUAUUGCUUAA